AUGUCUGCCCUGAGGCUGAUUUCUAACAGAACCUCCCAGCAGGCCUCGUCUAACUCUGAUUACACCUGGGAGUACGAGUACUAUGAGUACGGACCCGUGUCGUUUGAAGGCCUGAAGGCUCAUAAAUAUUCCAUUGUGAUUGGAUUUUGGGUUGGCCUUGCAGUUUUUGUCAUCUUCAUGUUUUUUGUCCUGACUCUGCUGACGAAGACAGGAGCACCACAUCAAGAGUGA